AUGCAGUCCUCUCCGGUGAAGAAUGUCAUGUACCCCAUCUGGGCCCUCUCAUUGCUGAUGGCUGCUGGGUGCACCAACGCCGUCAAGGUCUACGAGCUCAAUGACAACAGGCAAUGGAAGCAGAUGCUUUUCAAUAGUUUCCAGUAUUGCGCCUACGCUUCUUUAAUCUGCUGGCUCCUUUUGCCUUAUAGCAUGAGCAUCGUGGGAUAUUACCGCCAAUUCUUCCACAUGCUCGCGCCGUCGAGCUACUUUGCAGUUCUUAAGUCUCCUUCAAGUGUUGUCAAUCUUCUCACUAUUUGUUCUAUAUUAACGGUGCUCAUGGGCAGAGAGCUUGCAUGUCUGCUGGUUGAGUUCGGCUACUUGAGGGCCAGAGCAGUUGCCAAGUUCAUGAAGAACCUGCGUCCUGCAGCAGCAGCUAAUGGUGGUGAUGGGCUCAAUCCUGCCAGGAUGAAAGGGUACAAUUACCCUGUUCACAUUGAUGGAUUUGGCGGUCAUGUCACCAUCGACCAGAUCUGGGACUGUGAAGGCAGUCUCCUCAUGUCAGGUACUGAACACUGCAAAAAGCUCAAGGACUUGUGCCUGGCUUACGCCAUGUAUCAGCAAUUGAAGCAGCGCUACUACGGGAUGUCAUUCACUGAGGAACACCUUCAGGAAACCUGUGACUUUGUCUUCAAGGGGUUGCAACGGACAGAAGAUGACUAUGAGAGAGCUUUCCGUAUUGUGGAAAUGGAGCUGGGGUUCUGCCAUGACUACUUCUUUACAAAACAUGCUAUUAUCUUUGAACUGGAGGCAACAUUCUUCGUUCUCUUCCUCGCGAGGAUUUUUCUCAUUGCCACAUGUGUAUCCUUUGUCGUGCACCGUACACUAUCCGUCAAGACACACAGCGCUAUCAUUGAAGUGCACUCCAAAAGGGCUGACCACAUCAUCACUCUCCUUGUUUUGGCCACAUUCCUCCUCAUAGAAAUUCUUCAAGCAACAUUUUAUUUGGCCUCGGAUUGGUGCAAGGUGUCAGUUACUUGUAGGUAUGUCAACAGAUCUUGUUAUCGCCACAAUGCUUUCAUUCAGAAGCUUAUUGGAUAUAUUGGCAGAUUUGCCAUUUUCGGGUACUGGAAGAAUAAGAUUGGCCAGUACUCAAUAAUUCCGCGUAUCACUGCUGCUGAUUUGUCUGGCGACAGUCAACCAGUAAACCUGUUGCAAACAGUCAAGCGGGCUAUUGCUAGCUCCCUAAUAUCAUGUGAAUGUCCACCAACUAAUGGAGAAAGGUCAUUACAUGGGAACCAUGUCCUCGGAGAGUUUUUUUGGGCAUUGCAGGGCCAAUGUCAAACUGAGACCAUGUUAAUUUGGAGCAUCGCCACUGAUUACUGCCAUAUGACUCCCCCUACCGGGGACGGGGAGCACAUGAAUGGGGCGUCUGAAAAUGAACAAGACACAAAGGUGAGGAGGAACGUAUCAGUUUGCCUAUCAAGAUAUUGCACGUACUUGAUGAACUCUGCCCCAGAACUGCUUCCAAGACACUUUGGAGAUACAAAGUCGGCCAUGGCUGAAGUAAAAGGUGAAGCAUACGAAGCUCUAAGAUCCCAGAAUGUUUCUUCCAGCCCAGGCUUAACAUCCCAGAAUGCUAAUUCUGAAUCGGGCGGUUCGAGCUUAAGACUCCAGAAUAUUUCAUAUUUUCAGAGAAAUGAGGUUGAACUCCCAACCUUUGUUUCGAUCGAUGCAUCCCAGAAGAUUUACCAGGCUAUGAAUCGUUUACAAGACCAAGAGGAAGACAGAAGCAUCUUCAUGAGAGGUGUGAAGCUUGGCAAGCAGCUAGAGGGCAUACUGAGCAGUGCUCUUCGCUGGAAGUUAAUCGCGGAUUUCUGGGCUGAGAAGAUCCUCUACAUCGCACCAUCAGACAAUGUAAAAGGACACAUGGAACUUCUCGCAAAGGGAGGAGAGUUUCUCACCCACAUCUGGGUCCUCCUUACUCAUGCUGGCAUCCUCAAGAUUAACAGGGAGGAAGGUAACAACACCACGCCCAGGCGCCAACCAUCCCAAGGAGAUGUCUAG